UUGUGAAGUGAAUUAUCAUGAAAAAUAUAGUUUUGCAACACCUGCUGUGAUGUGUAAAUAUAGUUUUGGGACGUCAGUUAUGUGUCUAAAUAUAGUUUUAAAACAACAGUUAAUAAUAACAAAUAUCAAUAAAAAAAAUUAUUUUAAUUUUAGAUUAAAUAAUUAUUAAAUCUUGUUUGGUAAUUCAGUUUCUUAGUCAUGGCAAACAGUCAAAAGUGCUCUAUUGGAAUCAACCUAGAAAGUGAAUGUCAUCUUACAACAUAUACAUCGUUGCUGGGAAUCGAACCUUUUGAAGAUAUUAUUGAAUAUGAAAGAGAAAUAUUAAUGUGGAGGACUGGGCUCUCAAUAAUAAAUAUCAAACCAACAACUUGUCUCCAUCAUAAACAUGUUUAUUUGAAGCGUUAUACAACUAAAUUAACACGGUGCUGCGGUCCAUUUAAUACUCAUAACAAAACUAUAAAAGGUAGUCUUCGUGAAAUCAACUUGGAUACAGCAAAAUACCUAUGCAGUAAAGGCAAAUUCGUAGUUCCAGGUGAAAAACUUUGUACACAAUGCAGGCAUAAAUUAGCAAGUGAAGAAUCAGAAGAGAACGAGUUGGAGAUGAAAUUACCUGAAGAUAAUAUGGAAAAAGAUCUUAUACUGGAAUCAACAAGAUCGUUGCUCAACAGUACUUUAUGCGAACUUGAAGUGUCUCCUUUAAAAGUUCAUUUACCCAAAACCUCUAACAAGCCUUCACUUGGAAAGAGAAAGAUAAAGCAAGUUGAAGAAGCAGUUAUUAAGAAGCUUGCAACUGCUCUGGAUAUAACCGAAUCCGAUCUUGUUGCACCAAAAAAUGAAGUUCUAAAGGAAAUUCAAACCAAAGCUGGCGAUCUAGACUUCCUUGUAGAAUGCAUGAAAGAAAAACUUAAGGUUUCUAACAGGAGACAGCAACUUCAAAUUUUGACAUUAACCCCAAAAUCUUGGUCUAUCAGAAAAGCAGCAAAAGAGUUUUCAGUUUCUAAACACAAAAUUCAAAAUGCAAAGUUUUUACGCGACCAAAAAGGCAUCAUAGCAUACCCUGAUGUGGUUGAACGGCAUUGAAUCGGUAAAGAUGUUAUAGAACUUGUAAAGCUUUUUUACUGUGACGAUGAGUAUUCAAGGCAAAUGCCAGGUAAAAAAGACUGUGUAAGUGUU